UCUCCAACCUGACUCUCUCCCAUGCUGCUGCUGCCCAGCACAGGAAAAGCAGAGAUCAUGAAAGCCUUUUUAAAGAGCUCCGAAAGCAUAUUUGUCCUGAGAAACAUCACUACCAUCGGAAGGCAUGAAAACUCAGACCUUAUUUUAAGGUCUCCAGGUAUUGAUGAUCAACACGCUCUCAUUGAAUUUAACGACUCUGAGGGCAGCAUUGUUCUUCAGGAUUUCAACUCUCUCACUGGUACAUUUGUCAAUGACUGUCACAUUCAGAAUGCUGCAGUCAAGUUGGAACCCGGAGAUAUUUUGCGCUUUGGAGCUCGAGGGCCAUCCUAUGAGCUGGUGGUCGAAAACUCACCCCAGUUUUCCUAUACACCCGUGAUCCGACGAGCCGCCUGGCCAAGCCAGCUCCAGUUCGUAUCAGAACCACUGAAGCCCAGUCUUCCAUCCACUCCUCCCCAGCUCCCUUCCCUCCAAGCUGCUCCAUCCCUUGGCAUUCAGCGGAGCUGGUCCCAGAGGUCAAAUGGAGUCACCACUCCCCACCCCCCAGUGAACAAGAGACCAGCAAGUGCAGGAGCAAGAAGGAUGAUUUCAUUUGUUUCUGGUACUUACAACAGGCCUCUUGCCGUUAAACAAGUCUGGGCCAAUAUCUUGGGAAAUGGAAAAUCAUCAGUGAAUGGAAUUCCGGGGUACAAAUCCCUUAACCAGGAUUUAUCGCCUCAGGAAAAGGAUGAAAUCAUUCUGAAGCUGGUAAAAGAAAUCAGCCGUCUCUCUGGUUUUGAAAGCGAUUCCAAGCACAAAGAUUCCACUAUAACAAAUCUGCAGAAUGAAAUUGCGACAUUGAGUCAGAAACUGUCUCGAGCAGCGCCUGGCUGGAAUGAAGUGGAAAUGGCUCAGAAACUACUGUCUCUGGAUAAAGACAUUGGAGCAAAAGUGGAAGAGAUUCAAAACUUAAAAGAGCAGAUCAGUCAUCUGCAGAGAGGCUCUAGUGAGGUGCUGUGCCACUCCCUUUCUGAGCGUGACCUGGAAAUUACAAACCUGAAAAAUGAGAGCGAGAACUUAAGGAGGAACAACACUAUCACAUCAGCCCUAGUGACCAGUUUGCAAAACGACAUUGCAGCAAAGGAGCAGCAGAUUCAGCACCUCAAGCAGGAUGUGGACAGGCUGGAGAAUGAAAACAGGGAAAAGGAUCAUCAACUUGCAGCCAUUAUUGCCAGAUGCUCAAGCCUGAAAGAGGAAAUUAAGAAAAAUAACUCAGAAGCAAAGGAAAAAGAACUAAGAGCUUGUAAAAAUCGCAUCACAGAGAUGGAGCGAGAAAUGAAAAGACUGCAGGAAGAGAUAGACAAGAGCCAGAUAGAGCAGAAAAUGGCCAUGAAGAGGCUGGAAGAAAACACUAAGGUUGAGAAAGAGGUUCAGGAAGAAUCCAAGAGAAAAUCACUGGAGCUGAAGGAGAUGGCAUGUAGAGAGCUCCUCAUUAAAGCAAAUUUAGAGAAGGCAACUUUUCAGCUGGAGCACUUCAGAAGUCAAAUUAUUGAAGCCAUUUAUGGGCGAGAAAAGGCAGUUCCAGAAAAGACGAUUCCAAAUCAACAGUUAAUACAGAAGAUUAGUCAGGUCAUUGCGGACCACGUCAACUUCCAGCAGAGGAAACAAGCACUGCAGGAGGAAAUCCUGUCCAGGAAUUUAAAAGAGGAAGAAAUGUCUGAGCACAUCAAGGAAUUGAAGAAAUCCUUAGAAGCCUGCCAGGCUUCCUUGAAAAUGCCUUACUGUAGCCUUGAUUUAAGAAGGGAACUUAGCAUCCUUCAGGAUCUCCGCAUUGACCCCUCCAUUCGGUGGAUCCAGGAGUCUGUGGUAGAAGUUCUAACCAGCUUGCUGUCAUUGGUACAAGAAAUAGAACAGCUCCUGCAGGAGACUGGAAUUGAAUUAUCUAGUUCUGACAAAGGAAUAUCAUUGUAUAUGAAAAAUCUUCUGGAGAAUCAUCAGAAAAUUGUCAGCAAAGCUCAGACACUCCAGGCAGAGCUAGACCAUUUGCAGGAAACUCAGCAUUCUCUGCUACAGGAAAAGCUGAAUGAGCAAAGUAUAGAAUUUGAGAAACAGUUGCAGGCCCAGAUGAAGCAGAUGUGGGCAGAAAAAGAAGAAGAAAACAAAAUGAUUUUGGAGAAUAGAAUUGCCCAGGAGAAAAGCAAAGCAAAGAAAGCUUUAGAGGAAGAAAAGAAAAAAGUGCAAGAUCUUGAGAAUCAUUUAGGAAAACUAGAAAAGGAGGUGGAAUGUAAAGCAAAAUCAGAAGAACUGUUAAAUUCAAAGUUAAAUGAAGCCCUGGCCAACUUAGAAGCUGUUAGAAAGACUGAAGAUAGAGAAAAAUAUGAAGUGAUCCUUCAAACAAAACUGAGUGCAACUCUGGCAGGUCUAGAAGAAGCUAGCAAUAAGCAGGCUGCUUUAGAAGAGCAGGUAUUGGUUCAACAGCAACAGCUGAGAUUGGUCCAGGAGGAGAAUGACUUACAGAGGCAUCAACUUCAAGAGGAAAUAGUGCAGUAUAAGGAACAAAUUAGACAGCACUCAAAGACCAUUGUAACUUUAGAAGAAGGACUACAGAAAGCAACACAGCAGCGUAAGGAAGAGGAGAUUGCAGCUUUGAAGGAAAAUAUCCCAGUAGCUCAGGUGAAAAUCCAGAAAGAUCUUCCAAAAUUGUUUCCUCCACAAGAUGUUUCUGCCAGUGAGAAGGCCUGUUACCACUUGAUAGAAGAUGUAGUGGCAGCCCGAAGAGAAAUCCUGUCUCAGCAAGACCUCAUUCUGCAAUUAAGAGAAGACUUAGCAGAAGCCCAAGCCAGAAUGUCAGAUUUGAGAGGAGAACUCAAUGAGAAGCAAAAGAUAGAACUGGAAAGGAACAUCAGCCUGGUUCAGCAGCAAAGGCAGGAGCUGUGCACAUUGAAGGGGAGGCUGUCAGAGAUGGCAAACCUGGCCGAAAAGAAGGACAAAGAGCAGAAAAUUUUAACGGAAGAGCUAAGGUGUGCCCAAGAGAGGCUGAAAACACAGGAUGCAGAACAAGAGAAAAGCAGAAAAUUCGAACAGGCCCUGUGUGAUGUGUCUGUCCAGACAAAUAUUGCCCAAGGGGAUGUCUUCACUGCUGUCAAGCAGAAACCAUCUGCAGGGCUCAGUGACCUGGGGGCUAAAUGUAAGGGGUUCAGACAUGAAGAGGUAAUUCAGCGCCAGAAAAAGGCCUUGUCUGAGCUGCGAUUGCGAGUUAAAGAAUUGGAAAAGGUCGGCUCCCCAAAUGCUCAUGAGAAGGGAACAGAGGCCAUUUUAAUCCUAAAGAAAGGAAUGUUGGAAAACACUUCCCAGACAACAUUCUUGGAAAAUGGGUCUGGAUUGCCACCUGUUUCAAACAUGGAGGCCAGAAUGCCUCAGAUCUCUCUUCCCAACUGUUACAUGGCCAUUGAAAGGAUAGCAAAGCUAGAGACAAUGGAUGCUUUGGAUCUCAGUGAGAGGCUGUAUCUUGAUCUGAUGCACACCCUCGGGAACCUGAUGAAUAUAAAGGAGUUGUCGGGGCUAGUGUCCUUGAAGAAUCUGUCCCAGAACGAAAGGGAGCAAGUGAGCCACCUGAGACAGAGAGACCUGGAACUGGUGUGUGGGAAUGUCAGCCAACUCCAGAGGCUGUUGGAGAGGAAGGAGGCGCUCCUGAGAGAGUAUGAGACCGACAUCCAACAGCUCAGGCUGAGUAAAGUUUCUCUGCAGAUGUACCAGUCACAGAUAAAUAAACUGGAAGAUGAUGUUCACAAAGAGGCUGAAGAAAAUGCUUUGCUCAGAGAGGCCCUGGAGAGGACCCAGGCCCAGCUAAAUCAAGAAAGGAGGAUGAGCAGAGCUGUUAAGCAGCAGAAGCUUGGAGUCAAGAAAGCCAACCCAAAGGCAGACCAGAAAGGAGAAAUGCAGAAGAAAGAAGUAUCAAGUAAAAGCCCUACUAAUGCUGUGUUUUCAAAAUCCAGUGGCAGGCAUUUGUAAGGUGUGUUGUUUUUUUACUCCCUGGGACUUCUGAUAAGAGCUGAAUUUGACCUUGUAUGUUAAAAUGCUAAAUUCUACAAAAUGUCUUUAAAAUUAUGUCAAACUUGUCCCAGAACAUAUGUUGUGUGUUACAUUGUGGAGUUUAAGGAGGCAGGGGAAGUGUAUGUAGAUAUGGAUGU